AUGGAAGCAGCAGGCCACACAGAUUCACAGGACGUCCAGAAUGCGUCCCGGCCGCCUCUAGUUGACGCCAGCAAGCAGAUCCGACUGCUAAAGGUUGAGCCUGGAGGCUUUGAUGACGAAAUCAAAUGCACAAUCUCCAGCUGCGCGCUUAGCGAAGGUUUAGAGUUCAACGCGAUAUCGUAUACAUGGGGACUGGAGCAACCUCAGAGCGACAUCUUCAUUGACGGUCUACGCUUUCCUGACAAUCUGCACGAGAAAAGCGUUCAGGUCGGAAUCAUGGGCGACGUCUACGCGCGGGCUGCCACAGUGCUUGCCUGUAUCGGUAAGAGCGACGUGGUCAGCGAUUACAUUGAGGCUGUCAUUGAUGAUAUUGAGAAGAACUUCGUCAUGCAAUGCAGCUAA